CUAUUGAUUGGAACAGAUUUUAGCAACUAGUCAAACAGAGAUGAAUAAUAUUACAAUUAAAAAGCAAUGACUUCUUUAUCGCCUUAUAAAAAGUUGGAAGAAUAUAAAAACCAAUCUUUUGAACUUAGUUGCAUUUCGAGAAAUAUCAAUAUAUACAACAGUGAUGAUUCAUAUCAAUCAAUUUAUGUAAGCUCUGAAACUACUGCUAAAGAAGUUUGUUUUUUAUUAACAAAUAAUUUGCUUGAAAAAUGCUACGAAUGGUCUAUUCAAGUUAUAUGGAAAGACAAAGGAAUAGAAAGGACAUUAGAAAGUCACGAAUUAGUUCUUUUGUGUUUUUACGAAAUGGAACCUGAAAACAAUGACAGAAUAUUAAAACUCCAGCAUAAUGUUAAGAUGUUUGAUAUGUUUAAGCAUCCGGAAGUAAAUGAAUUUUGUUUUCAUAAGAUGUUAGAUUUUGAUGAAAAUCCAAAUGAAAAAGCCAGAUAUAAAAUUAUAGAGAGAGUUUUAAACGGUGAAAUCAAACCACUACAUUACGAUAAGGUAUGGAUAUUCGAUUGUAAUAACCCUAAAUCUAAAUGGGAAACAACUAUAUUGUUGCUGAAAGAUAAAAAAUUAUACCUAUCACAAAAUUAUCAAAAUGUUGUAUCAUUUAUUAAAAAUUUCAAGACUGUACGGAAUUUUCUUAAUGGAAAAAUAACAGACUUGAAAGAUAAAUGUCAACUCAAAGUCUGGGCGUACCUGGACGACUACACCGUUUACACGACUAACGGCACAACGUUAGCGGACGUCCCGACGCCUCACUGCCUGUGCCUGGUCACCACCACCACCAACGCCCCUCAGCUGUACGUAGCGUGCCGGUCCGAAACCCUUCUGUCUUACUGGAUGUGCGCUAUGAGAUUGUCGAAAUACGGAAAACAACUGCGAGAUAACUACCGUUCGUUUUUGAAGAAACAGGGCGAUGUAGUCAACGACUAUGAGUACAGCAAAAAGCCGUUGCCCAAUGAGAGCGUGCGAUCGCACGUGGCCAUGGACUUCACGGGCAACGUCGGCCGGAUCGUAGAAGACCCCAAAGAAGCGCUGGCCAUUGCUCAGGCGGAGACGGGCAGCGUGCGGCGGAGUUGGAGGUCCAGCGGUCGGUCCACGCCUGGUCUCCAAGCGGCCAUAACCAGGCUCGAAAACGACGUGCACCUCUCGCAGCCGUGGUACCAUAAAAACAUGAGCCGCGAUCAGGCGGCCAACAUCCUCAACAGGCACGGCAAUAAAGACGGAGUGUUUCUAAUACGAGAGAGCAAAAGUAAAUGUGGCUCUUACGUGCUGACAUUCAAAUGCGGUGGCAAAAUCAUCCAUACGCCAAUCGCAGCUCAAAUGGAUCCGAUUUACGACGUUGUGUGUUUCACCCUUGACAAUGGCGUGACGAAAUUUUAUGACUUAUUACAAUUAGUGGAAUUUUACCAAUUGAAUGCCGGCAGCCUACCUACUCGACUGAUGCACUACGUGGUGCAAGUACCGGUGGCUAAGUAGAAGUGCAAGCGCAAUCGCAGUGCACCAGAGUACACAGUUCCUGCUGACACGACGUAUUCUCAUCCGAAAAGGUGUGUGUGUGUGUGUGUGUGUGUGUGUAUGUGUGACGAAUAAAUCAGUGACACAAUUUUUCUAAAAGUUAAAUACCUACUACUUAGGUAUUUUAUAAUCUCGACCAUCAAAUUUCAGUUUACUUAAUGGUUAUCUUUAUUUCCCUUUUUUUUCUAUGUUGUUUUUUUCUGAAAGUACCAUACAAAUGUUAUUGUAAGAAGAAAAAUAUGACUGAAUUGUUAGAAAACAUCUACACCGUUUGCUAUGUUUUGACUCCGAUAUAUUCUACACAUUUUCGUGUGACAGUUAGUUAUUUUUGUGUAAGCCGAACGAGUCAAAUAUUGUAGCGCGAUCAGUUCCUAGAUUAACUAGUUCGUAACAUUCAAUCAAGCACCUUUAGGACUUAAAGUUAUAUCGAUAAUAAUAAUAAUAAUAAUAAUAGUUAUUAAAAAACAUAGUAGUAAAUACAUAAAUAAUUUUAGUCACUUAAAAUAAUAUAAUAUUUAUAUUGUGAUAAUUUUUGUCUUGCAUUUAAGCGCGACAGACCAAAUAUUUAGUUUGUAAGUUUACCUUAUAAUGAGAAUAACAUAUUUUAUUUAACUUAUUUAACAUGGUAAUUAGUAGUCAAUAUAAAAGCAAUAAUUAAUAUUAUGAAAACCAUUGACAACAAAAUGUUAAUCUAAACAAUGAUUUGUGAUAAUGUGUAAACAAAGUUGUUUAUAAUUUAUGUAUGUAUAUAUUUAUUUCUCAGUAUGUGUACACACUUUUUCAUGUACGUUUGUAAACUUUUAAUAAAAAUUUAAUUAACACUCUCAAUAUAAACCAUUAUUAUAUAUCAGCCUUUAAAGAAUUAUUGCAAUUUAAAGUGCUGUUAAUCAUUUUAAUGGUAUUUUCUAAUUUAUAUUUUAUUAUGGUACAACAUUUAACACAUUAUUGUGUUUUUUUUUUUAAUAUUAAAAGUGUCCCUGAAUAAAUUCUAAAAUUUGAUAUUAUUGUAUUUCAUGUAUUACCAAGCAAUAUUACAUUUAAAGUUUUAUAAGAAAAUCUUUUAAAAAUGUAACUAUGCUACAGUCUUAUUUGUUUUUUGACCUAUCUACCUUAGAGUUAAAAAAAUAAUAAUUUUUUAUAUUUUAAAUUAUGUAAUGGUUUUUUAUUUCUAAAUAAAAUUAUUUAUGUUAAUGUGUUUAUCUUAAGAGUAAUUGACUUAAAUAUAUACUUUUGUUUGUCUGUUAACAAUUUAUGUGUUAUGGUAACAAUGUGUGUAUGCAUAUUUGAGUAAAUAUAUAGAGUGUACAGUAAGUAAGGAAACGGGUUUCUAUUGUUCUCAUUGUUUGUAACAAUUGACCUGUUUCCUUACUUACUGAACACUCUGUAUAUAUAUAUAUAGACACACACAUAUAUAAUCAUAUUGAAUAUAAUAUAACUAAGCAAUCUAAGUGAAGAUGUGCAUGAUUUUUUUUUUGCAUUAAAUUGAAAAUAAACUUCAUUAUCUUCAAUAGUUUGAACUUAGGGUUGAAAAAUAUGUCAUAUUGUGUACUGGGAAACGAAUGUGAUAAGUGCAGUGCAAUUAAUUACUAAAGUUAUAACAAAAAACUAUAAAUAUGCUAUUACAUUCAUUUUCAUAAGAUUUAAUAACAUAAAAUAUAUUAAUCAAGUAAUUAUUUAUAAAAAAAAAAGUAAUUUUAUAAAAUAUAUUUAUAUAUAAUUUAUUAUCAAGUCAAUGUUUAUGUGAUUAUUGAAGUACAAAUGACCUUUUAAUUUAUUCCCCUUCCCCUUUUAGAGAGUAUUACCACUUGACUAUUUCAUUUUGAUUUUAUUUAAUAAAAAUCUAUAUAUUUAAUGUAUUUUUAAUAAUUUAUAUAUGUUUUGAAAAUUGUGUAAAUUACUGAUAACCUAAUAUUUGUUGACUAUGCUGAAGUCAUAGAUGAAUUUUUUUUUUUUUUUUGUAAAUCAGCAUUUGUGUUCCUACGAUUUGUUAUUGCAGGAUAAUAAUAAAUUAUCAUUAUUAUUUAAUUUUGUAACGUAUUUGAAUUAAAACUAUGUUUAUGUUAUGAUUGUCGUCAUGGAUGUUUUUAUGUUAAUUUGUAUGUAGUCAGUAAGAGUAUUAUUUUUAAAAUUAAUGUAAAUCUAUAUUUAUUUGUAUUUAUAUAAUAUUAUCUAGCUCCUUUUUUCUCCCAAUAAUUAAGUUUUUACAGACAAUCAAAUUGUAGGCAGUUUUUACAAAAAACAAAAUAUAUGUAUGUAUUCAAACACGUAUGUAUAUAUAAUAUAUCAUUUUUUUCACGUUUUUAGGAUAUUUAAUUUGUGAAAUAGGAGAUACAAUAUAAUAAAAUUAUUGUUGUGAUUUUAAUAACUUUUGUAUAUGUUUUUAUUUUAUCUUAAAUUAUAUGAGAAUGAUAUAUAAAUUUUAA